UGUAUGACCUAAUUAUGAAUGGACUGUCAGUAAAUCCGUAAAUGUAAUUAAUAUUAAUUUAUACUAGCUUAUACUUAUAAACUUAUAACUAAAUAGCCUAAGCUACAUUUUUUAAAAUGCUUGCGUGUUAAUUAUAUUAUUAUUAAGCCAAUACUUGGCCAAUGUUUAACUAUUUAAUAUACAAUCUAUUGACAAUACUGUACUACGUCCGUAUAGAACCGGUACUAUAUAGUAAUACUAACUUGACCAAAGUUGCUAAUCAGAUUUGAGAUUACUUACUAAUCAUAAUGAAAAUGGACGAUAAUGAGGCCAAUAAGUUAUAAGGGGUAAUAAAUCCUAAUUAAUUAUUAUUAAUUAUACUGUUGCUAGGAUGCAAUACUACUAAUAAUAAAGCCAGAGGAAUGAAUUUUAAAAAAAUAAAAAUGAGGCUACUACUAGUACUACUACACUAAUAACCACUCGCAGAUCUAACAAUGAUUCUCAAUGAACAAUCAUUUUAUAUUCUUGGCUAAUCCUAGUUACCAUUGCCACGACUUAUUUUCCAGGGAGUGACUUCCCUUUGUUUAUUUUUACUAAAUUAUUUUAGGGAUCGAUUAAGAGUUCAGGUUAGGCAUAGGGAUCCAUUUAGGGUUACAGGUUAGGCAUAGGGGUCGAUUUAGGGUUCAGCUUAAGCAUAGGCAGGGAUAGAUGACUUCACGUGACGUGUUAACCAAGGUGUAGUCAAAGUUUACCAUAUUUUUAAAUUUAAAGGAUUAGGCCUACUCUCAUAACUUAACUUAGGCUUAGCCUAGCCAAGGGCUACACUUAGCAGCUUACACUUAGGCUAAUAUUUAAGGCAGUGUCACCUGAGUGUCUACACGUCUGGGCGCGCUGGACAUAUAUCUCCCGCACUAUUUGACCGGCGACCAAGUCACAUGACCACCGGAAGAAUUUAAAUUUGGUUUAAUUAACUUGUCAUUAAUGAGUGACAAGUCAGCAUAUUUUAUACAUUUAAAUAGGAAAAUAAUAAAGUUUUUUUUUUUAAAUUUUGCGGAAUAUUGACAAGAACUAAUUUAUAUUUUAUGGCUUUAUUUAGAAGAACUCAUAUUUAACUAUUUUCCCUGUAAAUAUUAUAUUUCUGUCUCAUUUUAUAAGAAAGUUUUCACGUAAGAACAAAAGCAAAAUGAGGGUCACAAAAUGUGGAGGAAAACCUAAUAGUGAAAAAGUUGUUUUGAGAUCCUUACUAAAAAUUCAUAAAUUUUGAACCAUUUGAGCUAGAAAGUUGAUCUUGGUGUUUUUGUAAUCCAUUCUUUAGGCUCUAAACAGCUGUAGCAUUUUUAUAGCAUUUUUAUAUUUUAAAAAAAUGUUUUGAAAUUUUCAUCAAAGUGCGUACUCACAGAUAGGUCACAGAUGAUGAAGUUUGUACCCUUAGUUUGGGCUGGUGGAAGUGGGUAUUUGCGGUCGACUUGCAGAUUAGUGGCACCCACAAGGGCUUUAACAUGACUCUUUUAAAUGUAAUUAUAACUAGUAUUUGUUAAACAAAAUUUUUCCAUAACAACAUGAAAACUGAAAAGCAAUAAUCAUAAUCUAUGUGAUCUAAUAAACAUGAAAAAAACUGAUUGUCCUCUGCUCAAGCAGAAGCAAGAGCAAUGGAGAAAGCAUUUCUCCAACUUUUUGUAUAAAUGACUGUUCCACGGUGGGAAAAUUCCAUGUAAAAGUGGGCACAACAUCCAAAAAUUAAAUUGCAUAAAAUUAAUAAAAUUUGGUGCUAUAUAUUUAAAUUUAUUUCAUUUAUUUUCAUAUGGAGAUAUUUUUAGUACUGUACAGUAUAAUUUUUUUUUUUUUUGUGUGACACAAGACCUGAUGGCCAUCUUGAAUUAAGAAGAUAUCAGCUCAGUUUAAUAGACAUUUUGUUUCAUAUUAUUUUGCUUACAUCCCAUAAAUAUAGUAUAUAAUAGACAGACAAUAUUCAUGGUCAAAGUCACGUGAUGGACAUGCAUUUAAAACUCUGUUCUUCAUGCUUAUUUAAGUACAUUACAACUAUUACAACUGCUUUAGUCAAGUAUUUGUAAUUCUGUAAAGGAAUUGACCUUUUUGUUCUAUUUUUUAUUGCUUGCAUUUAACCUUAUGACAGUUAAAAAGUCAUGCUACAUCAGUUACCUUUUUUUGUAGGUAUUUUUUUUAAUUUGCUCUCUUGGGAGUUUUUAAAGGUUUUCCUUAGAAAUGUAGCUAACGGUAAACACUGUGGAUAAUUAUUUAGAAAAAAUAUGUUUCAAUUAAAGCAGAUUUCAGAAGAAAUCAACAAAAAAGAUGCUAAAUCAAAUAUUAUGUCUUUUUCAUGUAACAUCUAAUUCCAAAAUUUAUUAUUUUUACAAUUAUGCUUAUUAUAUAUUUAUAAAUGCAAUUGUUUUACAGUCUAACUACUUAGGACCCAAAACCAUAUAUAGUUAAAUUAAGCCUACCUAAUGGCAUUUUUUUAAUUUACACUGGAUGCAUAUUAACUUAUGUUUCUGAAAGUUAUGUCAGUUACAAUGGAAUUCACCAUUGAAUAAUUGUAAAGGAAAUUGUGAUGGCAUGGUAUUUUGAGUUAAAGGCUGCACUUUUUAUAUCAAAACUCGGACACCAGUAAUCCCUUCAUUUUUAAAAUCACAUCAAAAUUGUGGUCAUGAAUCAGAUAAUAUAUGCUAAAUGUUAGCAGUGCAGAUCAAGUACUUUAAUUCAAUGUGCUAUGUGGUACGGUUGGAAGAGCCAAUUGUAUGAAAUCAAAAUGUCGGGGAAAAUUAGUUUUCUCACUUGCUCUAGCUUAAGCUCAUGGUACAUGCCUGGUCUAGUGAUAUGCCUCAGAGGAAUUCAGAUCCCUGUGAUGAUUGGUGGAUAGGUCACACUUCUGAUUUUUAUUGAAAUUUUUAUUUUAAAAUUAAACGUGAUAUACCCAUACAUGUGUAUCAAUGGUCGUCAGUGUAGAUGACUUAAGUAAGUUAGUAGCACCCACUAGGCCCAUUAAAUUAGGCCAACUAUUAUUUCAUAAAAUUUUACUUACCUAUUUAUUAUUAACAUCUGGUUUGUUCCCCAAUCUGUAUGAAUUUACCAGCGUUCUCCCCCCAGAGGUCACAAAAUCUAAAUGAUCACUAAUUAAGUCCCUAGUAUGACUAAGGGAGUUCACUGACUGGCUGUUUUUUACACUAGUGAAACAAUUUAAUGUAGAUGUCUUGUUUUUAAAUUGUUUUUGUUGUGAAAUUGUGACUUUAUUAAAGUAUGUAUUUAUUAAUGUGCUGAAUUUGUAUAUGUACAAAGUAAUCAACAAACUUUCCCAUUAGUUUGGAUCAAUAAAAGAAUAAAGAAAAAGAAAACUCUAUAAUUACAUUAUUGAUUCUUAUUUUAUGUUUCUUACUGAAAUCUGAAAUUUGAUCAUUUGUAUUGACAUUUGUAUUUUACAUCACAUUAAAAUUACAGUCAUUACUUUUCUAAUAUCUUUAAACAUAAAUUUGGUUUCCAGAUUUAUCUAGGCUAUUAACAUGAAGGGCAAAGGUAAAGCCCCACAGGAAAAAGAUAAGGACAGAGAUAUUAAAGACUGCCCACUUCAGUUUCCAGAUUUGUGUACUGUAGACAUCACUAAAGAUUGCACUAAAUAUGCCCAAGGUAAGAACAAGAAUUGUCCCACAGCAUUUGCUAAAAGUUUCUAGUUCAGUUUAUAUAUUAUUUUUAUUCAUAUCUAGGGAGAUUCACUUGUAAUGUAAACAUCCAAAUUAUAUUUCAGUUGUUGCAAGAGAUGAAGGUGGCCAUAUCAGUUUGGAGGAGCUGGACCAGCUGCAGGGAGAUAUUGAAAUGUUAUUAGCUUCAGUUGGAAAGAGAUUAAAACAGCUGGGAUCAGAGAACCACAUAUUAGCCAGCUGGCCUGAGAAAAAAGAUAGCAAGAAGUCAUUAGGGAAGGGGGUAUGAAUUCAUAGUUUAAUAUAUUAGAAUUUUUCCAUUUAGUUGGCUAUUAUACCAGUCAGCAUUUCAUGCCCCUUUUAUAUUUUUUUGUGUUAAAUAAUAUUUGAUAUUUCCACUUUAUUGUCAGUUUUUAUAACAAAUUUGACUUUUUAUUUUUGUUAAGCAUUUCUUUCACCCCUUGUUCCUUUAAGAAAAAAAAUUGAUCAGUUCUCUUUAUUAACAGUCUGAUACGCCAAGCAGAUCUUCCACACCUACCAAACGCAAGGGAACUCCCACUGAUGAAAAAGACAAAGAAAGACAAUCUAGUAAAAAGUUUAAAGACUCGAGUGGUCGACCAUCACAGCCAUCUACUCCGAAUUCUGGACAGAGAAGCAAAGGAAAAAACUCACAAGUACAAUAUCUGAAUAAUUUUAAGCCCUAUAUUAUAUUAAUAUAAUAAUGACACUCAUCAGAAAUUGAUCCAGAUUUUGUUUUGCUUGUACAGUGGCUUAAUUCAAAAACAGAUUAGUUAAAGGAUUAAGUUGUUUAUUUCUAUAUUUUUACUAGGUUGGGGUUUUUUUUACAAUAAACAUCUUAUGAAUUCUUUUCAUUGUGCACCCAUAGGAUAAAUGAAAUGAGUAUUUCUAUAUAAAAUAACUAAUUAUAUAAAUUAAUUUAAGAUUAAGACACUAAUAUCAUAAACGAGAUUUAAAUUUAAAAAAUCAAUACAUGAUAAUCUAUUCUGUGUUAGUAGCUUUUCUGCACCUCCUUAUUGGUACACAAUUGAUAUGAAAUGUUAAAAUAAAAUGAGUAAAACAGAGUAUGGUUAAACCUGAAAAAAUAAAUCAACAAAACAGCGAACGUGUCGGCAGAAAGCCUUCGUCAGCGAACAAAACAACAGAAAAAACGUUAUAAAAAUAAGAAAUAGCACUUAGCUGGUAAGUAGCAUCUGUGGGCAGCAAUAGAAGUGUGGCUGUUUUGUUGCGUUUAUUUUUUCAGGUUUAACCAUACUCUGUUUUACUCAUUUUAUUUUGUACUAACCUGAUUGCAGUCUCUCCCCUUAUUACCCCAUAUGAAAUGUUACAUGUAAAACUAAAAAUACAUCCUCAUAUUAGCAUUUAGUAGAAAUGCGGGUAAAAUGCCUUAAAUUUUUUCUGCGUUUAAUUCUUAAAUAUACUUUUUUAAAAAUUAGAAACACAAUUUCCACAUUUUUCAUAGUCCAAGGGGCAAUCCGAGGACCCAACUGGCUCUGAUACUCCAUCAGCUUCUGAGACACCUAAAGUACCAAAGAAUGAUGCUGUCAACCGUUUCUGGGCUUCAGUGGAGCCCUACUGUGCCCCAAUCACCUCAGAAGAUCUACGUGUUAUUGAGGAAAUGCUGAAAGUUCAUGAGGAGGAGACAGAAUAUAUGAAGAUUCCACCUUUAGGAAUUCACUAUACACAGAGGUGGGCAGAGGAAGAUUUGAUGGAGGAACAAAACGAUGGUAAGGCACAAUGUAGAGAAUGCAAUGGUAAGGCACAAUGUAGAGACUGCAUUGGUAAGGCAGAAUGUAGAGACUGCAAUGGUAAGGGAGAAUUUAGAGACUGCAUUAAAAGCUUAUUUAUUGGUUUAUUUCAGUUAUAACUAAAUUAAUUGUCAAAAAAAUUCUCAAAAUGCUGAGUAAAAAUGGAAAAAGUUUUCUCAGAUUUCAGACAUUUUCCCCCUCAAAUAAAAAUUGUACUUAUCCAUGCACUUGUCCUGAUUCUUCUGCAAAGAACCAGGAACAUUACAGAGACUCAAAGAGAGCUUUUCAAAAAAAUGCCACCGGGGAAAAUUCUGAUGUAGAUAUCAAAAUGCUCAAAACCUAACAGUUUGAUGACUAGCACAAUGAAAAACUGAGAAGGAAUCAUUUGUAAUUUGGUGGCCAAAGAACUGCUCCCAUGAGAUGAAGCACUGAAAUUCACAAGAGGUUAACCUCACACAACCUUCAUUCUCUAAUUCAAUUUCGAAGAACCAAUCAAAUUUUCAGCAAAUAUUGACUAUUCAAAGUACUGAUAAAAUUUCAGUUAAUAUUGACAAAUUCAAAGAACCAAUGAAAUUUUCUGCUAAUAUUGGCAAACGUUUGCUUAACCAAUGCUUAACCAAUAGUUAGUAUUUAAUGUCAUUUAAACACUUCUUACAGCUCUCAAUUCUUUUUCUUCUCACGAAAGGGUCCAAGAUAGCAGAAAAGAAGAAAACUUCAUAUGCCAACAAUGGCACCACCAAUUCAGAAGCAUCAACCCUCUUGAAGAAGGCUGAAUAUAAGAAAAAUGAUUAUUUGUGAGUUGAAUUGUAAAUUUAAAGUGAUAUAUCUUAGAUGAUCUGAAUUACUUUCUCAACAAAUAUUCUUGUGAAUAAGAUGAGAUUUUUAUUUUUCAGCCAAUGUUUUUUUUUUCCUUUCAGUAUGGAUGAUUCUCCAUUUGGGCCCCUAACACAAAGACUCGUAUCUGCUCUGAUAGAAGACAACUUGAUGACAACAAUGGAUGAUGCAAUGGCUGAUACUGCUGGUAAGGGAGGCCGGUUCAUUUAUUAUUUGGCAAAAUCACAGUGUCCUAUUGCAAAUAGACCUAAAAUAUUUAUUUCAUCAAUUUCUCCUGUUUCUUUUUUUAAAUUUUAAAUUGUUCAUUUCCUUCAUUUUUCAGAAUGUGGUGAUGAGGCUCCUGCUAUCUCCCCACGUAUGUUAGCAAAGCAACUAAACAUAGGCAACCCAGCUACUCUAGAAAGGAGAAUACGAAAAGAGCUGGAAGAGCAAGGCAAGUUACAAAAUAGUUUUGUUUUAUUUUUAGUUUCAAAAUUGUUCUUAUUUAGGAGACAAUUUUUAAAAAAAAUUGAAUUCAACUUGAUUUUUUUUGUUAUCCGUCUAUUUGCUAGUUGGUAUUGUGUGAAUGUCAGAAAGAUAAAUAAGCUAGCAUUAGAAAAAUGUUGAUUUUUAAUAAGAAAAACAAUAGAAAUGGCUCUCUACUAACCAGUACAAUGGUCUGUCUAUUUCAGUGUCUGCUUAAUUCUUAGUAAAUAAAAUCUUGUGCAAAAAAACUCACUUUGUUUCUACUGCUAUAUGCACAUCUUUAUUUCAAGAUUCUUUAUUUCAAUAGUUAUGAGCAGUGGUUGAAAUUUCUUUGAUGAUUUCAGGUAUCCUAGAAAAAGAGGAAGAAGAAGAAGACGACCCCAAUGAUGAGGUGCUGGCUGAGCUGAGAAAGAAACAGCAAGAGCUCAGGGCCAUCAGCCAGCAGAAUGUGAAUAUACUGAAGAGCUUGUACAGGCAGGGCCAGGAGGACAUGGCUCGACAGGAACUGAAGAAGAAACUGCAGGCAGCUGACUCGGAGGUUCUUUAAGCUUUAGUUUGUUCUUUUCUGUCAUUGUGUGCUAACAAACUUUUAGUUUGUUCUUUUCUGUCAUUAUGUGAUAACAAACUUUUAGUUUGUUCUUUCCUGUCAUUAUGUGAUAACAAACUUUUAGUUUUAUUUUGUUCUUUUCUAUCAUUAUGUGCUUACAAAAUUUUAGUUUUAGUUUGUUCUUUUGUGUUAUGCUUACAAAAAUGUUAAGAUAAUAAUGGACCAACAGCUCAUUGCUAAAUGUUUAUAUUUGGUUUUAUUAGAUACUGGCACGUCUUCAAAAUAAUGUGUGCCCCUAUGCAUUUUAAUGUCACAGCUGAAUUUGUGAUGAGUCAGGUUUAAUUAAUUUUUUUUAAAAAUUUCAUCAGGUGAUGGAAGCCUUUAGGAAAAUACAGCUGGCCAGGCAGAGAAAGAAAUCACCAACAAAGAAAGAAAAGGAGGCCAUUUCUAAAGCACUGAAGGACAGAGAAGCUCUAAUCAAAGCUUUAGAAUUAUAAUGAACUCAAGGAUGACAAGCCUAAAGAGAUUUGUUCCUUAGACACACUGACCCGGCUACAUGGUAUAUUAUGUGCAGAGAGGAAACAGUUAACAAUCCAAGUUGUGCAAUUCUGGAACUGCUCUUGUUUCAACAAAACCUGAUACAGUUUAGAAAGCUCACCUUGGGCAGUGUUUCUGCAUUUGAUGCCAGCCAUUUUUCCUAUUCAUAUUAAUUAGGAUUAUUGAUUAUUAGACAGAAAAAAUAAGUCCUGAACUGAAUGGAUUUGAUGGUCUAUUAAAUGAUUUGUGUUCACAAUGAGUUUCACAGAAGAUUUGCUAACAAGUGUAAGAACCUUGGUAUUUUCCUAAUAUUUAGUAGCCACAGAUAUACACUCUUAAGGAACAGGAUUUCAGCAUAGAAGUCAUAAAAUUGAUGGACUGCGAUAAAACUAAAGUUUAAGUGUUAGAAAGUGAAAUACAGUCUGUGUGAUACCUUACAAAGUACAUUUGGGUGAAGCCUUAAAAUGAAAGAGAGAAUGAAGGAAACGGUCAGCAGAAAUCAUUAAUAAUAUGACAAAUGAAUCCUGUGUCCUAGAGCACACCUAUUACCACAUGUUUAUCUUAUGGUUUGUAAGUAUACGAGUUUCAAUAUCCUAAACCACUCUCAUACACAUUCUCAUUCAGCUUACUGUCUUGAUAAACAGUAUGAGGAUUUUUGCCUGAUAAGAUGUUGUCAAACCUAAGAUUUAAAAAAAAAAAAAAAAAACUCUAUACGGGUAUGUUUGGCUUGGAGUGCAGAAGGGAAAAAC